UGAUAUCCAAUGCAUCGCAGGCAACUCAAAGUUUCCAACUGCAAUCCUCAUCUAGAGUCCAUCCUUUGAAGGUAAGUGUUCCAUGACAUUACCCGUCAGCAUCCCUGUAUUCAUCCCAAUUUCAUGUCAUGCAUUUUGCUUUCAGGUUUUUUCUGCCUGGGUAGCGACUCAACCCCUCUCCCGUGCCCAGAAGGCACCUUUCGCUCGACAGGAAGGUCUCCCUCCCAUUCAUGUGUGGCCUGCCCUGUGAACUUUUUCAAUGCUAAGCUGGGCCAAGCAGCUUGCUUCCCAUGCGCCUCAGAGGCUGUGCAGCCCAAGGAAGGUCAAAGAACUUGUGUCUGCCUUCGGGAAGGCCGAGUAUUCCAGCCUAGUGAUGCUCAGUGCCCAUGUGCCCCUGGGUAUAAAAGCCCUAUAGAAGACCGGAGAUGGGACUGUGUCAAGCAGGUGUAUGACAUCUGCAGGGAUGGUGCUGUCCGGAACGAAGAGGGGCAAUGCUUAACUCAGGAAGGAUGGCGCCACUACUGCUCAGACAAGGUCUGUGCUCUCCCCAAGGAUUAUCAGGGAUAUGACAAAGUUCUUGGCCUCUGCCUUUGCCAAGCGGACAACCUGGACAGUCUGUGCAACCGCCUGUGCCGAAGACGACAAAGGAGCAUUUUCCAAUUUGUCAGUGAAAAAGAAUCGGCCCGAUUUUCUUUGGCCUUCAGAAAUGGGAGCCAGGUGAAAAACAAAAACAACCAGAACUCAUCAGCAGAAGUGUAACAGGCUGGGCUCAAGCAGGGUUAAAGACCCAUGGCAAUUUCUGUUAACAGGUUGCCAGCAGGGUCCCUGUCUCUGGUGAAAUAGAGCUGCCCAAUCAGCAUGAAAGGGGAGAGCUUUUAGCCACUGAGUCUACCCUCCCUUUGUGCUUAUUGGAGCCAAUGAGAGUGAAAGGCAAUGAGUCAGCCACUGAGGAUUGGCUCCUAGGGUCACUCUGGAGAAGGCACUCAGGAAGAACAAC